AUGGUGUGUGCGUCUUACGUCUUGCGUGCUGCCGUGGGCAGCAAGGCGUUGGUGGCCCCUGUGGCUGCGGACAUCAUUGAGCAGGCGAACACAAACCUCCCUGGCAUCCCCCACUCUUACCGCGUGUGUCGCGCGUACCGUCAGUGGCUUAAACUCGCCGUGUUGUGCCCGCCCUCCGCGCUAUGUGAGUUGAACGAACACGCCCAGAUGAAUGAACGCUUUGUCAUUAUCAUUCGCCAAAAGUUCCGCGAGAGUGCGGAGCUGCGCGACCCCGAACAAAUCGCCAUUGCCGUGCAGACCAGUGAGCGCAGUUUGGCGAUGUUCCGCUUUUUAGCCGCAGACGGGGCGAAGCGGCGGUUCCCGGAGGCCCGGCCACGACUGAACCUUCACAAGAUGGGCUUCCUCGAGAUGGCGAAGAUUAACUACACCCAAAUGGCAAAGGAGUACUGGAAUACAUACGUGAUGCGGCGCUGGUGA